GCACAUUGGGCACUGCGUGAUGCUUGGGCACCCGGUCCGCCGACGACGUUGACAGACCUAAGUCCAGUGCCGUUGAGCAGCGAGUAACCUUCUCACGUCUAGAACCUUGCAUGCGUCGGAAUCUCCCUCGAGUCUCUCGCUGGGCUCUAAGUAGUCCCGACACCAACUUAGCCAAGUCGUGAACUCAUUUUCGUCUCUCAGAUUGCCGGCAGCUCCUCGUAAUGGCUCAUCAUCGCCCUCGUCGAUGCGCCCAACAACAUGAGGAUGCGCCCGGAGCCGCCAUCUUCUCGCCCUCUGUUGCGCGCAUCGCCGCAUCCGCGGCCCGCGACUGGGCCUACGUCGACUCUUGGCUCGCGUCCAAGCUUCCUGCCGGUCGGCCCCCGCCGUCGUUUGAGCGCAACACCCAUACGCUUAAAGCGUUGCUGAGCCUGUCCGCCUACAACGAGACCGCCGAUGAGGAGCGCCUGUUGCUCGCUCGAGUUGACAACGCCUCCCUCGAUGAGCUGCGCAUUCACUGUCAGCCGCCUCAGCAAUCGCUCAAGGCGCAUAUGCUCGCGGCUGUUGAGGAUGGGAUGCCAAAGGAAGGUGCUCAUGCCCUUACAUCCCUAGCGCGGCUGUCUGUCUCGGCGAAAGACUUCAAGGCAGAUCCCCAGGGCCUCACGCGACCUGUAGUCGCCUUGCAAGCAUCCCUGUUCGAUACAGAGCAGAUGGCCGCGCGCGUCGACUCCUUCCGCCACCAUGCUGAACGGGUGGCCGAAGAGGCAGCUAUUCUCUUGCACAGCCUGCAGGAUCAGUCUUACCUACCUGCUUCGGACAUGGCUAAGCGGAAUCUUGAACUACAGCGCAAUAUCAAGGUAGCCUCCUCGACCCUGCCGCCAGAGCACGCCGACCGUGCCCCUGCCGCCGACACUUCAUCCCCGCCCCAACCUUCUGUCGAAGACGUCGCCGAACAGGAGCGCCGCCUCCUCGAGCUGCUCAAACGGAGGAGAGAGCUUGAGCAGCAGAUGUCGGCCUUCGUCGGCUUACCCAGCGACCCUGAUAUGGCAAGGAGCGAGGUGGACGCGCUUCGACGUCACCUGCGAACCAUCACUUCACAUCGCGAUGCUGCUUUCGAGGGUCUCAUGGACCGAGACAGUCAUUUGAACCGCCCGUAAAUGAAUGGUCUGUUGAGAUACUGCACCGCCAAGCCUCCCAAACUGUCGUCCUAGGCCAGACUUCUUUGCUGGCUGUGCCGGCAACACUGGCGCAACAUCUUUCUGAGGCAUUGGGGGCGCAACCCCCGGACCCGUGCCCCGACCCUCUUUCCCCUUCGCCUCGAGGGACACCUCGCCUACGCGCAGGUCACCAAACCCUGGCACCGGCGCUUCCUCGCCUUCCAGAGUGUGUCGCUGCACCCUUCUUGCCCUCUCUUGGACGCUACGAAACUUUUCUAGAAGCUCCACCCAGCGGAUGCUGCCAUCAUCACGACCCUUGAGUCGGUUUGGACGAUCAUAGUUGGAGCUGCUUGUAGAAGUUGAUGCGCUUUUAGAGCCAAUCGAGUCAGCCGUUGCAACAGGGCAUGGGAAGAUGGCCUUCAAGGUCAAAGACAUUGGACACCAAUGCUCGGAGGCUUACCUUCGUGGCGCCACAUGCAAAUAGCCGAUGGAGCUCACACUAUUGAGCCUAUUCUUCAACGCGGCGAAAGCGGAUGAUUGCGGUAGCAGCAUAAGGAUGCCAUACAUGCACUUGUACAGGUAUGGAUACUUUUCGGGCUCCAGCAGCUGGAGCCUCAAGUCUUUGCAGACCGUACAUGUUAGUACACACUAGGCCGCUUGCUAGAUAAAGAAAGGGACGCACGCACAUGUGAAG